AUGGUGGUCAAGCUGUCGAGCAGCUAUAUGGAAGAGGUCGAAAGAGCUCAAACGAUUCCCGAGAAAAUCGCUGUAAUCCAGGCUUACUUGAAGAAACUCGAAGAUGCAAAGAAGGAGAGAGCCGAGUGGAGAAAACAGCUUGUGGAAAGAGCAAAUCAUCUUCAAGAACGGAGAAACGCACUCAAAGAUCGGAGAAAGCAGAUCGAGGACGAGAAGAAAGACAUCGAAGCUCAGAAGAAAGCGAUCGCUGAGCGUAGGAGAGCAAACAUAAUGACUGAUGAUCAGAAGAAAGCACUCGACGACGAAGAGAAAGCGGUGGAGGAACAUGAGAAAAUGAACCAGGAGCGUGAGAGAGAAGAGAGUGUAGUUGAGGAUGAGCUGAGAGAAGUCGAGAUACAGUGGAAACAUUCAGAAGAUCUUGAUUCAGAACAAGAUAGACAGAGCAAUCUGGUAUCGACCACACUUGAAAUUUUGGUUAACUCUUGCUCCCCGCUCCCACCACCGCCGACUGGUCCAUCCACUGAGCUCACUCUUGAAACACCGACACCACCGGAAUCUUCUCUUCCGGCGGCUACAUUCUCCACAUUACCAACUUUCCAGUCCGGUGCAUCUGUUACUGCUGAAGAAGUAAAAAGGCUGAUGAACGAAGCUGAAGUCACCAAAGCUCAAGUAUCAAACCGGAUUCAAUACCAGCGUAAGAAACAUCCUAGAGAUGAUGGAGGAGAAUCAUCUUCAGCAAAGAAACAGCACUGA